UGUAAACAUCAAUCAUGAGACUAGCCAUUGAAAAAAUAAAUAAUCUAUUACUAGUCUAUUACUAGACUAGAUCUACUAGACUCUACUAGUCUAUACUAUACCUAUUAGAUCUAUAUCUAGAUUAGAUGAAAAUAAUGUACAAAAUCUAGAUUAGUCUUUGAAUACAUGGACAAGACACAACUUACUGAAAAUUAUAGUUUAAAAAUUGGCAUUAAUCAAUGUUUAAGAAGCUAGGAUGGCAGCAUUUCUGAAAAAUCUGGCUACUGGCUUCAAUGAUAUUGUCACUGCUGCACAAGCUAAAAUUAGCCCAUUUACUGUCCAAAGUGCCACUGUGGACAAGUUUUCACAAAAUGGGUGUGUAACCACCAAACAAGAUGGAUGCCUGACCUUGUAUAGAAGAACAGCAACUAUUCCAACUUACGAAUGUACUAUAACCAAACCAGAUAUGCCUACAAAAAUAUUUAGUAUCUUUCGUCAAACUGUGGAAACUGAAGCUGUUAUUUUAUAUAAUUCUUUGCUGACUAUGAUGCUUCCCAUAGUUAAUAGCUGCACUGUGCCAUGUCAAGAAGAUUACCUGCAGAAGCUACUGGACUGUAUCAAGGAGCAUCCAUCAUGGACCUGUGCUCAUGUUGCUGCCUAUUUGGGUUAUCACACAUGUCUAAAGUGCCCAGGCAUUGUUGAUUUUAUAGAUUCCCAGUGCAAGACUCACCAGAUGACUCCACUAAUGGUGGCUCUGAUUGGAAAGCAAGCUCUGGCUGCUGAAGAGUUACUUAGAUUGGGAGCUAGUCUAGAAAAAAAAGAUAAAAAUGGAGACACUGCCUACCAUUAUGCAGUUUUGAAUUGUCCUCCUCUAGUCUCUCUCCUGGUAGACUAUGACCACAAUGGGGUUAUCAACUGGUUGAAUGGUAAAGGAGAGUCAGCUCUAUUGAUUGCCUGUGAGCGCAAGCUGUCUGAAGCCACAGAGAUCCUGAUUGGAUCUAAAGCUGAUCCUCGAGUAGCCACUGCUGAUUGUUUACCUAUACAUGCUGCUGUCAGGUCUUGUGACAUGAGGUCAGUGGAGAUUAUCAUACAAGCCUACCCUGACCAAGCCAAUGCAAAGGAUUUUAAAUAUGGUAGCACACCAUUACAUUGGGCUGAAAAUGUUGAAUGUAUCCAGAGACUGGCUCUACUCGGCUGUGAUCUAAAUGCCUUAAACAAUGAAGGUAAUGCUCCACUUCAUGUGUUUCUGGCCACCAAGAAAAAGACAGAAUGUUUGCUGGCUUUACUGUGCCAUGGUGCUGACUGCAAUAUUUUUGAUGCCAUUGGAGAGACAGUUCUUCACAAGGCAAUUAAGAAUGAUGACCUUGAACUAGUUAGACAGUUUGUUGUGUUUGGUGCUGAUGUCAACUUGAAGACCCAACAUGGCUUCAGCCCUCGUCAUCUAGCAUCUCUUUCAAAAGGAAAGAAAAAGGACACAAUUUUAUUUCUCCUGCAUGUAUCUGGUGCAGUCAGGUGUGACAAAACAGUCAAAGGUUGCCUGCCUGGUUGUGUGGUUGAAGGUCAUUACAAUGGUCAACCUGACCAGACUAUGGCAGCUCUGAUGAAACUGGACAAUGUUGCUCUGUUUGAUGAGCAGCUCAUGGCUACAGUGGUCCACAGUUCAAGGUCAUCUGAUUUACAGGGAGCUGUCCUAGACAUGACAGAUGCUCCAGUCUCUAUGGGGGACAGAGUCCUUUGUUUAGAUGGAGGAGGCAUCAGAGGCCUCAUUCUCAUUCAGAUCCUCAUGGAGAUAGAGGCAGCUGUGGGGAAACCCAUUAGAGAAUGUUUUGAUUGGAUAGGAGGCACCAGUACUGGAGGCAUUCUAGCUUUAGGAAUAGCAAGAGGUUUCUCCCUCCAGUACAUGAAAGGCCUCUAUGUCAGGCUGAAAGAUGAAGUAUUUAAAGGCAGCCGGCCCUACGACAGUGGACCUUUUGAAGAAAUGUUGAAAAGAGAAUUUGGUGAAUACACUUUAAUGGGAGACAUCAAGCACCCCAAAAUUCUAGUUACUGCUGUACUUGCUGACAGACACCCUGCUGAACUGUAUUUUUUCCGCAACUUUGAAAAAACUUUGACUCAUCCAAAAUCAUCCCCACGCAAUGCACCAGAAGAAGAGAAAAAUCCUUGGGAACAAAAAGUUUGGGAAGCUGCAAGGUCUAGUGGAGCAGCGCCAACAUAUUUCAGAGGGUAUGGACCCUUCUUGGAUGGUGGUCUUAUAGCUAACAACCCAACAUUGGAUGUCUUGACAGAGAUUCAUGAAUACAACAUGGGGCUGAGUAUUUCGAAACGAGGUCAAGAGGUUCGUCCUAUAGGAUGUGUUAUUUCUUUGGGCUGUGGGAGGAUACCUUGCAUUGAUGUACAAAGCACUGACGUCUUCCGUCCAUCUGGACCGCUUGAUGCCUACAAAGCUGUGAUGGGAGCCUCUGCUCUUGGAAGGCUUGUAGUUGAUCAGGCAACUAUAUCUGAAGGUCGGGUUGUGGAUCGAGCGAGAGCCUGGUGCAGCAUGAUUAGCGUUCCUUACUACCGCUUCUCCCCCCUGCUCUCAGAGGACGUCAGCCUGGACUGCCAUGACAUCAAAAUUUUAAUCAACAUGCUGUGGGAGACCCACUGCUACAUGGUGGCCAACAAGCAUCGUCUGACUGAGCUGGCCUCAUUGCUCAGGGCCAGUCUUCGCUGAUAGCAUAGAACAAAUUCUCAUUAAUAAUUUAAGUUGAAAGACAAACAUUCAAAUGUGCAAUGUCCAUCAGAAUGUAAUACUACAAAAAUAUAUGUAAUUAGUCAUAUCAAUACUGGUACUUCUGAAAGUCAAUAGGCCAGGUGUUUCAUAUUUCUACCACUCCCCCUAAAGAGCUUGAAAAAUGUAUUUAUCUAUCAUUGAUACAAAAAAAUUUGGUCUAAUGAAAAAUUGGUCUAUAUAUUUUCAAAUUUCUGUUUCAAUACUCUCUGUAUAUGCAGUCUGUCAAAAGUUCUUUUAUGUGAGAUUUAAAACUGCCCAUUUUGUAUUGCUUUAGGAAAAAAAAAACUUUUUAUGUAUUACUCAUGGAACAUUGUUGCUCUGUCUUCCUGCAAUUACUUGGUUUUAUUUUUCCUGCAAUUACUUGGUUAUUUAUUUUAUUUUGGUAAUUAUGUUCUUGUUACACUUGGUCAGAAAUUCUUUAAUUUUUUUGUUGAAAUCCUUGCAUCAUUACAAAGUCACAUGACCAAUUAUAGAAUGCAUUUAUUCCACUAAGAGAAUAUGUGGCAUCAAUGUUUUUUUGUUGUUUUUAUUUAUUAUGUAUGUUUCCCAUGUGAAUAUUGUUGGUCACAUGUAAAAUAUCAAUAUCCUAUUCUUGAAACCAAAACAAAAUAAAAACAACUCCUGAUAGUUUAAUGUGUAUUUAAAUUUUAUACACACAAAUAUAUGCCUAGAUAAUGUAUAUCAUGCUUAUUAUCUCUGAUAUCAGAUAUGUUUUGACACAUUUUUUUUUUCAGAGCUAUUUUAUAUAAAAAGUGUUUUUGAGAGUUGUAUAAAGAUGGUCUUUUGUCUUUAUAGCCCUUUUUAUUAUGAUUUUCAUUCACAUUUAUCUUAUGGCAGGAGUGUUGUUUUCUUUAAUACAGUUUAAUAUAUAUAUAUAAUUAUUGAUUAUUUAUAUUAUUAUAAAUUAUUAUUAUUUAUUUAUUAUAUUACUAGCCUGACAUUACACACGGCCUGCGGAUCUAAGUUUGUGUUUACUAAUCUAGUGGAUUGGAUUUAGAUGUAUGUUAAACUUAGCUAAUGAUCCUUUCAAAUUUUUUUCUUUCACUACGAAAAUAAAAUUAGUUUUGCGAAAAUGGGUUUACCCGAAGCCGAUACAUACAUAUCUAUUAAAAACGAAAGGAGCAAUAGAUGAUUAGGAUAUAAAGAACAAUUAAAACGGGUUUACCCGAUUUGUUAAAUGCUGGGAUUAUAAAGUAAGUCAGGACGUUCUGAAUUCUCAGAUAUAUGGAACGAAUUUAUGUAAAAAUGCUUUUGAAACACAAAUUUGAAGGUUAACUCUAUUAAAUAUUGAAAUCAAUAGACUAUAUUUUGUAUUUUCAUGUGUCAAAGUAAAAAACUAUAUGUGCAAAGUGUAGUUCUUAAAAUAAGAUCUAGAUCUAAAUCCUUUCGAUCUUUUCUCAUGUCAACAUUGUAAACAAAGCCUAGAUUCAUAAAUACUAUAGCUUUAAUAGAGUUAAUCAACUUUUUUUUUUUGAGGGUCUUAAGUUUGAUUUAGGGCUACAAUACAUACACUACGGUCUAAGUUAGUACCAAAGGAAUAUUUCUGCCAAGUUUUAUCAAGAUUGGUCAAGCGGUUUUGAUUUCUAUUCGUAACAUACAUACAAACAUACGCCUUACAGUCUACUUUAUAGUAUAGAUUUAUAUAUAUAUACUAUUUAUAUUACACUAUUUUUUUUCAAUGAAGCUAACAACGAACUAUGGCUAUGGUUUUACUUAAUUGUUUUAUUAUUCAAAUGGAUAUUUUGUGUUAUAUAAAGAUAAUACAAUUAUUCACUAAUGUGAAUGGAUCACUUUCUUUUUUGUUCUACAAUGGGGACAUUAAAAACUUCAUAAAGUCCCUUUGACUAUUUCCAUGGAUAAUAACUAGGCAAAUAAUGAGAUGUAUUUGUAAGUCUCAUGUACUGAGUAUUUAUAUUUAAUUUAUUACUCACAUUGACGAGAAGGUGUAAGUGAGUCUUACACUCUGAUAACAGGCUUUGAUAUCAGUGUUUAUAAAUAGAAAUACUGGAGGCUAUCUUCAGGCUGAUAUGUGAAUUGAUGCCACAGAAGCAACCCAUAAUUUUAUUGAAUACACUAUAAGAUAAUAGAUUUAAAUUAGGUUUAAAAAAAAUAAAUUCAGAAGUAUUUGAUUCAAACAAUUGCAUGAUCCUUUUAAAAGAGAUUACCUUUAGGAAUUGUUUAUUUGAAACUAAUGUAUAGAACAACUGUUAUCUUCAGUGGAAACUUAAAUGAAAUAGCCUGACUUGAUGAACCUUCAAGCUUCUCAUUGCAUCUACAGAGCUUUGACUUUAACAAAAAAAAUAGUGUUUUUUUUUUUUACUUUAUCUUAUUUUUGUGUUUUAGUUUCAAAGUAAUGAUGUGCAGGUUUAUCUCCCUUGAAUAGGAUAACCAUAACCAACAAACUGUCUACAUAUCUAUGUUAUACACUUGGAAUACACAAAAUAAAUUGUAACAACUCACCAAAUUGUGUCCUCUUUGCUAUUCCACUUGUGAAGGUUACUAAAAGGUUUAUUGUCUUAUGUUAAAUGUAUUUCAAGACCAAAAAACUUCUUCCAUUCAAUACUCUUAAUUUAUUCAGUUGUUAUCUUUGCAAUAUUUUAAACAUUUUGAUUUAAACUUUUUUUUUUAUACAUGUGAUACUUUUUAUUUAUAAUUCAAUUCUUAUUAAAGUAUCUAUUAUUCCUACCAUCUUCUUAUCUAUUGUAUUCUAAUGCAUUCCCUCAAUUAGAGACAUGACAUAAAUGAAAAACAUCUUUAAUUCACUUCAUUUUUUCAUAACCAUGAAUAGUAAAAAAAUAUAUAUAUUAUAAAACUAAUUGAAUUUCACCACAACUUGACACUUUUAAACACUGUGUCAGUUAUUGUUGUGCAAAGUUUAAUCCAAAUAAUUUUCAUGACAGUUGCAUUUUUCCAUGUCAUAUAUUUUGAAAUUAUAGAUCUACAUUUGAAAUAAUACAACUUUUGCAUUGGUUCAUUUUUUACUGUGCCAAUAACUCAUAUUUGUUCUGAAGUUAAUGUUUGUUUUCUAUGUGUUUGAUGUUUACAUAGCAGUUUAAAAUGAAUUUGUUUAUUAAUAUUAAUGGACAUUGUUUCUAUUCAAUUGGAUACUUAGAAAUAAAAUACAAAAGCUACUAAGUUUC